UGAUUUUUUUGAAACGUUGAUAUCUGUUCAUCAGUAUGAUAUGAUAAAGAUAGAAAGAUGCAAGGCAAACCUUCAUUGCUGAUUAUUUUAUGGCUCAAGAAAGCAACCUGCUAUGAGGUUUUGAGAUCUACUAGAUACGCAGGUGUCAAGUAUUAGAAAAAGUAUUCCCUGUGUCAUCAAACAAUGAGAAAUUUUUGAUUAACAUUCAAAUUGCGUCUGUUCUCCAUUAGAUAACAACAGUAGACUUUUUGUACAGACCUUCAGAACUAUGUCACCGUGGGCAGCUUUAUGCAGGGCUGUGGGGUGGAUGGGAAUGGCUGUUAUGCGGUAUUCGCUCUUUUCUUUUCGGAGGGAGCGGAGGUUGUGUAGCAGUUGUUUUCGUUGAUCCUGUGGCUUCAUGCUGGGCAGCAUGUGGUGUAAUCACUCAAUUAGUAGGUAGGCUUUUAUUACAGAGGUCGCUCUCUCCUCGAUUGUUUUAUCUAUUGAGAGAGCUCCUUCUUUAAAAAUCCCUGCAUGCAAAUCUCCUUGGUUUUUCACAAUCAUUUAUAUGACGUUGCAUUAUUUUAUCCCCAUUUUCUUCAUUGUGUGGAAUUUAAACCAUAGGUUAUCCGUUGUUUUUUGUUGCAAAGAUCGGUAUGAAUUGGAAUUUAAAAUGAAAUGAAUAGAAACAGAUCAAAUGGAACGAAUCCCCCCUGAAAUAUAUAUCUCAUAUUUUGAGCUCGGACAAAUAUGUGAUCACAUGCAAAAUCCGAUGACCCAUCCCUAUUGGCUAAUUAUUGAUAACCCGCCCACAUCUCAGACCCGAGACGGCUCAAGAAUAUUGACAUAAAAUCAUAAGGCGUGCUUUAUAAGAGGGAGCCGUGAUGCCUAACGCUGUAUUGUCGUCUUCAGCGCUCUACGUCACAUAAAGAGAUUAUUAGUAUAUGUAAAUCGAUUAGGAAAAGGCUAUGGUUUCUAGCAAUCACCUAACGGAGCUGAUUCUCACAUCUGCCAUUAUCCUUGUCAAUGUUCCUGAGAUAAUUCUAAUUGCUAAAGCCAAAAAGAGCUUGUCGCUGUUCCACUUCCUUCUUUUAAGUCUGGCUGUGACUGAUCUUCUUGUUGGGCUGUCACAACUUUCUAUAACGGUUUCUGAAGUGCACGGUAUCAAGAGGAAAAGGCUUAAACUGAACAGCAUCCUAUAUUUUACCGUUGCAGCAUCUGUGAAUCAUGUCAACGCGAUAACUGUUGAUCGUUUCCUCGCCAUCAUCUGGCCUCUGAAACAUAAGUAUCUAGUCUCACGAAGACGCAUAGCCAUCUACAUUGCGAUUACUUGGUGCAUCAGCAUUCUGACACUUAUGCCAUUGUUUGUUGCUGACAGCAUGGAUUACGUAAGACGGAUACUCAGCAUCAUCAUGUAUGCAUACAGUGGUGUUAUGAUCUUCGUUUACUCAUUUAUCAUCUAUCGGGUCGUCGUAGUUCGUGGUAGGGCCAUUAGCAUAGCCGCACAACAAGACAACGCAACACAAGCAAGUAAAGAUGUGCAGCUUGUUGUCGUUUCAGUCGUCCUUACGAUAACCUUCAUGAUUUGCACGAUUCCGUUUUGUGUUUUUGCGUUUAUCACAGAAAGUGUCCCAAAACCAAUCAAAUACUUGCUGCUAUCAAAUUCACUUUGCAACCCUUUCGUCUACUUUUUCUGGAAGCUUCUACAAGCAAAAUUCAAGUCCCCCACGCCUACCACGACGCAAAUGCAAAUGACAAAGUCAACAUAAUUUCCUUUAACUGGCUUCCAAGUAAAACGUCAUUUAUGACAACCUCUUCAAGUGUCAAAAUUGGACAGAAAAAAAGACUUGCUUGAAUAACGCACAAAUAUAUUGAUCUUGAUUGUGAAAACAUGAAAGACCCCAGAACAGUAUUCUCGGUAUUUAGUGUUAUGUCUGUUAGACAAUGAGUGUCUGCAAAACAGCAUUCUCUUGUAAAAUUAAAUGACUAUUUGACAACUUUUGAAUAUUUUGCUGUUAUCAGAAGCAAUUCUUAUUGCGAUUUCUUUAGAUUGUGCCUGAUUGAUUUAACUUCUAAUCUAAACUAGAAGGCAAUAGUAAAUUUUUCUGAUUGAACAAUAUUUAGAACGGAUUAUUGUUAUAUUCUAUUUAAGUAUCAGCUGUAAACAUGAGUUUAGCAACUUUGAUUAAUGCUUUAAUGAAUGCACAAAUGCUUUUCAAAGCAAUAAACAUAUGUCGUCUUUCUCUGAUUCAGUUCCGGUCACUUAUUUUAGAAUUGGACGAUAAUUCGUAUCUUUACCUCAUUACGUUUUUGUCUUUGAGGAAAUGGACGGUAAAAAUUCAAAAAAAGGUCUGAAACAAAUUUUUCCGGAAUUAUUCUGGUUCAGUGAACGUGAAGCUGUGACCAUUUACCUGUACAUUGCUUUUUUCAA